UACUUAAUACGUGACAACUUAAACCAAGCACGGGGAAGACUCCCAUAUAGAAAGGACAGCAGUGCUCAUUGGAAAUUUGAAAAGAACCCCAAGAGGUACCAAGAUCCUGUUUUGUGGGUGUGACUUGAAAUGUUUUCACAGUCUUUCGGCUCAAUACCAUAAAAGGUACUGCCAAAGCUCCUGCUGUGGACCCUUUGAGACUGAACACCCUAAGAGGUACCAAAAUCGCCUUUGUAGCCCCUAAAAGGUAUGACUAGCACCCCGUCCUCUCCCCCGUCCUCCUCCAACCCAAGCGGGAAGCUGUGGCAUUGUGACGUGACGUCUGGAGACGAUAAACAUGGCGGAAGUGAAUUUGCAUUUCUUUCUGGGCUGAAAAGCAGCACACUUGAUCUUAGGUCGUUGCAAUUGAGUUCACAAGGAAGCUACUUGCAAGACUUGAAAAAAAACUAUUGAAAUGUACACUGUCAAUAUGGAAGAGCAGAUAUCGCAGGCAAAAGAGCUAUUACAAAUGUCAGAUUUGGAAAAGAAAGAAGAAGCAGUGAGAAUAUUAAUUGACAUUUCUAAACAAGGAAACCAGGAGGCCACAGCCAUUCUGGCUAAAUGCCUAGCAGGUGGAGAAGGUGUCACAUCAGAGAAUGAAGAUGAAGUAAAAUGGUGUAUAGAGACUUCUGAAGAGGAAAAGAGACUUCAACAUGCUGUGGAAGAGAUUUACCACUCCAUGAAGAAAGAUGGUGAAGACAAGGUUGCUCUUCAAGAUAUCAAUGAAGCUCUGAAAAAGGCAGAAGGAAAACUUAAGGAAAAAGAACAAGAUACUGAGGGUGACAUUACCAGUUCUUCAGAAAAAGAAAAGAAAGACCAACAACAGAUGAGACAAGAACUGGACCUUAUGAGCUUGCUGACAAAUGCAUUGACAGUUGGCAGACAAGAUGAGUUCACUCUUGGUGAGCUGAAGGACACAGUUCUGGCAUAUGCUAAGGGUGACGUUCCAGAGGUUGUUACUGUGCUCAGUAAAGAAGAUAUGGAAAAAUAUGAAAAGGCUUCUCCCAUAGAGAAGAUCAUGAAAUUUCCACAGCAGUCCCUGGAAUCAGCCAAACAUUUCAUCCUUCUGAGAAUUUCAAAGAAAGGGUCAAGCUUUUUGAAAUCGUUGAUUCCAACAUCCCAAAUUCAGAUGUUGCUCCUUCUGUACAUCUACAGCCAUAUGACUGGAGACUUCCUUUGGUUCCUUGUUCCUUUGGUUAUCUUCUACAUCUCUUUCCUUUCUCUGGUUGUGUUUUCACUUCAAAUGUUUUAUGGAAGAGAAGCUUUGAGGCAGCUGAGAAGUGUUUCACAACUCAUGAAAAAAUUUGAUCCAAGGCUUGAUGGGCAAGAAGCUGAAAGGAAAUUCAUGUGGAAAUCUGCAACUCCUUAUGUUUCAUUCUUCAUUGUUUUGUUGGUGACAGUGGCUGUGUUGCCACUUUGUGAUAAACAGUGGAUACCAUGUUCUGAAAUGUCUUUGGUGGCUCUAUUUUUCACAGUUUCUUCUUUCAGAGGAUUACCUUCAAAAUAUGAUGACUAUGCGUUGUACACAAUUCUACUCAAACUAUUGACCACUGUGUUACGCAGCUUAGAAAAUGUACGAGGCUUGGGAAUCCUAUGCUAUUCACUUUUUAGUGUACCCCUCCCCUAUGGACUGGAAUUAGACAUCAGCCUCCCAUCCCUUCUUCACGUGCUCAUCCUCGUUCUACUAAUCAUCAUGGCCGGCCGUCACUCUUGGCGCGGCAUAUAUAAAGUACUUAUCCCUCAUUUAGUCUGCUUGCUGUGGUGGCAGUUGUUCACUGAGCUCUUCCACUUCACCUCCUGGAGCAGUCUGCUACGUGCCACGGUGGGGUGGGUCAUAUUUAUCACCAUACUGCCCUUGUUGUUUUUCUUUACCAUCGGCCUCGCUCUGGCGUAUUUGUUGCAGUGGUUUAUAACGCUUGAUGUUGCCCUGAAGCUCGCUGUCACAGCACUCAUUGUUGCUGUGUCUUCGGCACUAUUCUAUUACUCCAAGCUGGAAAUUCCUCAUGGAGAGAAACUGGAGCGAAAAAAGAAGCCGCUCAUGAUUGCCGCGGGCCUGGUGGUGUUCUGCCUUUUGGUCCCUAUCAUUUACGUCAAUUUUGUCCCCUCCAUAUAUGGAUCCCACAAGCCCCUGUCGUGGGAAGAGUAUUAUGAAACAUGUGGGAGCAAGGCGAGUGAAGGUGAUGGUGUAAACAUUGCAGCGGUGCAGAUAAAGUGCAGUGAAUAUUAUGGUGAAUCGGUCAACUGGACUGGGACUGUAGCUUAUGUCAAGUUAACCUCUGUGGAAAAUCGUUUUCGACACCUGGUGACAUUCCUGCCUGUGUUUCUAAGACCCACUAUCAAGUGUCUCCUCGGUGGAGCUGAGGAAAGCAGUCUGACUGGCAGGGUUCCAAAAGAAAGCACUUGGUUGCCAAGACCAAAAGGACCGUGUCACUUGAGAACUUUCGACAGAUACACUUUUUCUGUUGGGGUGAACAUGGCGGAUCCGGCGUCGCAGAACAGCGAAGUGAUUCAACUGGCUGUUACGCACCGUUUCUACCUCACAAUGAUUACAUUACGAAAGGAUACACAGAUCACAUUUCAAGGUCGCCUAGAAAGUGGUCCACCUUACGUUAGCGUCACUGCCAAGAAGCUCUUUAUCGAUGGUGUUAAGGUCAAAUCGCGGAUUGGACUUGGACGUGACGACAUAUUUGAAGGAUUGCGUGACUCUGGCAGAUUCAUGGCCCACUUCUUUAUGACUCCUUUGGUCAUUGACAAAGAAGACGAGGAAGAUGAUUAAAGAGUUGCUAUGAAACUGAAUUCAGAGACGGGAACCUCUUUCCCUUGGCAUUUUAACUGAGCUCGUGGUCGUCGCUAUUUCGUAUGCGGAGAUCUCAUUUCUUAUUUCUCAGAUCAACACUGGUGUUGUGGAACCAGUUUCUACUCGGCAGCCAUUACUUACAAGUGUCUUCUCACAACCUCUGCAGGCGUAGCUUUUUUCCCAAAUAUAUGGGAGUAUUGUCGGAACAAUUACAAUAGUUGUACAAGUAAGUCAGCCGGAGUGUUUUACGCAGGGUUUGAGGACAUUAGGUUUUUGAGAACGUUUAAGAAACGGGAAAAGUAAUAAAAGAAACCAAGCUCUCGAUUACGAAUUUAAAAAUAUUUUUAUUAUAUUAAAUUUGUACUUCACUAUUAUUUAUUGUUGUUUUAGAUCAAUACGCUCAGAUUUCGUAAAACUGCAUUGUGUUUAGUAUACGGUAUCAAUUUCACCCAGAAUCUAAAAAGUAAGUUGAUAAAUAUUUCCACGUUCGCAGUUUUAGUUCUUGAGUAAGUUCAAAAGGUUCGACAUAACUACGCGGGGUUUAAUUCCUUAAUUGUUUCAUUUUAUUUUCGUGGUGCUAGGUAAAGGAAAACCUAUAGCUUCAAAAGAAAUUACCUAAUCCCCCAGUCUUUGCAAUCAAAAUGAUGUCUCCCUGAUAACUUUUUCUGUCUGUUUCUCCAUCUAAGACGUAAAGUGCUUCAUGGUUUGUGUUUUACAAGUAGGAACAGUUCUCUAAUCUAAUUUAUUGACUGCAAGUUGUCUUGCUAUUUCCACGAAGGCUCUUGUUGGUCGACCUGCAAAGAAAAACAAGAACAAUAAGCUACAAUUAAUGAUGCAACUGAAAAAAAUCCGUUACAAUAAAUCAACGUUUGUAUGUAUGAUCA